GAAGGGACCAUAUUGAGAACGCCAGCCCGGGGCCGCCAUUUUAAGACUGGGCCGGCCGAGGAGCGCCGAGCGCGGUGACGUGGGCCGCCCCAGCCCGUGGCGGCCGCCAUCUUGGAGCGGCCCGGUGGGCGCGUCCAUCUUAGGAGCGAGGCCGGCCUCUCGGCAGGAACCGGCGCCGGGCUCCUCCCUCCCUUCCCGGCGCCUCGCGUCGGCGGCCGCCGCCCGGCUCCCUCCCUGAGCCACUCGGAACCCUCCAUUCGCCAUCUCCAGGAAAAUGUGAUGCGCUACAGGUAUUAGCUUCCAGAUCGCCGCUUCAUGCUCUAGCCACAAGUGACUAGAACACGAGCGGGAAAUCUGGGAGCAGCGAGGAGCCUCGGGAAACGUCUACAGAAAUGGCAGACCGGAGAGAGGGCUCUGCGGAGGAGGCGUGCAGACAACGGCGCAGAGUGGCGGACAACAACGUAGAGGAACCACCAGCUGCUCCACCCCAUGGCCAGGGGUUUCGUCCAGGUGGCGGAACAGCUAGGGCCGCAAGGCCUGAACCGGUGGCCAGACCCGCUGCACCCCUUAACAUGGUCAAUGACCCACCAGUACCUGCCUUGCAGUGGGCUCAGGAUGUGGGCCAUGUCAUGGCAGGCCGUGCCCGCAAGCUGCUGCUGCAGUUUGGGGUGUUCUUCUGUACCAUUCUUCUCCUGAUCUGGAUGUCUGUCUUCCUCUAUGGCUCCUUCUACUAUUCCUACAUGCCGGCCAUCAGCCACAUCACUCCUGUGCAUUUCCACUACAGGACCGACUGUGAUUCCUCUACCGCCUACCUCUGCUCCUUCCCUGUUGCCAAUGUGUCCCUAGUUAAGGGUGGACGUGAUCGGGUACUGAUGUAUGGACAGCCGUACCGCGUGGUCUUAGAGCUCGAGGUGCCAGAGUCGCCAGUCAACCAAGAUCUGGGCAUGUUCUUGGUCACCAUUUCCUGCUACACCCGAGGCGGCCGGGUCAUCUCCACUUCUUCUCGCUCCGUGAUGCUGCAUUACCGCUCAAACCUGCUGCAGACGCUGGACACGCUGGUCUUCUCCAGCGUGCUGCUCUUCGGCUUCUCCGAGCAGAAGCAGCUCCUGGAGGUGGAGCUGUACCCGGAAUACAGAGAGAACUCGUAUGUGCCAACCACUGGAGCGAUCAUCGAGCUCCAAAGCAAGCGCAUCCAGCUGUAUGGCGCCUCCCUCCGCAUCCAUGCCCACUUCUCCGGGCUCCGGUACCUGCUGUACAACUUCCCCAUCACCUGCGCCUUCAUCGGCGUCACCAGCAACUUCACCUUCCUCUCCGUCAUCGUGCUCUUCAGCUACCUGCAGUGGGUGUGGGGGAGCGUCUGGCCCUACAACCCCUUCGACCUGCAGGCAAACAUCCGGUUGAGGAGCCGCUCCCGGAAUGAGGCCCAGAGGAGGGCGGCUGCCCGCCAGCAAGGCCAAGAGGAGCCAAUCCCCCUGUCGGACAACACAGAGGACGGAGAGAGUGAGAGCCCUGACCCCUCCGGGACAGAGGAGGAGAGGCUGGAGCCGGAGCCGGAGCCGGAGCCGGAGCCGGAGCUGGAGCCGCAGCCACUUGGUGGAGAGGAAGAGCUAGAACGGGAGGCCAGCGAUGGCUCCGGCUCCUGGGAGGACGCAGCUCUGCUGGCCGAGGCCAACCCGCCGGCGCCUGUCCCUGCCCCUGCCCCUGCCCCCGCCCCCGAGACGCUGGGCCGCUCCGAGCCCUCCGUGGGCGCUCAGCGGCAGCAGCCCACCUGCUCCAGCUCCUGAGAGAGUCCCACACACACUCCAGCCCUUCGCCCCGACCCUGGCCCUUGCCUGCCGUCUCCCCAAUAAACGAUAUUCUUGCCA